AUGGAUUUGAAGGGCAUCAUCUUAAUUAUGUUCAUUGCUGUCAUAAAAGUCACUUCAGGCCAUUUUCCCGAGCCUUACCUACACGAUUCACUUCCUUACUCGUUUGGAUAUGACAUAAAAGACCACCAUGGGGAGCAGUUCCGUGAAGAAAGUGGUCACGGCCACGAAGGAGUCAAGGGCAGCUAUGGUUUUACUGACGAUAGAGGAAUCCACCGAUUAGUCCACUACGUAGCUGACCAUGAAGGAUUUAGGGCUCAUGUUAAGACGAAUGAACCUGGUACUGCGAAUGAAGACCCAGCCGCUGUUCACAUUACUUCCUUAGCUCAUCCAUACCAUGAACACCACGAGCUGCCAUUGAAAUAUCACGAAGAAUACCACCAUGGUUAUGGUCCAGAUGGAUAUCGGCCUCGUGAUGAACUUAAUGAAUAUGGCAGUGAAUAUGAAGGAUACGGGUACUAA